AUGACGAGUAACAUGAAUCCUAAUAGAAAACGUUUGAAUACCGUUGCAGGAAGGGACGAGCUCGCUCCAAGAAAGAAGGAAAGUUUUGAGAGAGGCUACCAGAUACACCAUAAAGUCCUAAACGAGGACCAUAUUCCUUUAAAAUUCAAGCGGGCUGGUGAAUAUCCUCAAAGCGACUGGGUAAAGAACUGUGCACGUAUGCCUUUGAGACGAUUCUGUUGUGUGUGUGAGAAGAAAGAGGCGGUCAUGCAUGAAGGGGGACUCUGUCGUGCAUGCGGCCACGAAAGUUGUCCAGAGUGUCUUGCAUAG